AUGUCUUCUUCACAAAAAGUCAGAGUAACAUUUGAAUUCACCACGACUACUCAGCCCGGUGAAGACGUUCUCAUAGUUGGAGAAGCUGAAGAGCUAGGUUCUUGAAAUCCUGAAAAAGGUGUUUUGAUGAAAACAGAUCCAGAGCGCUACCCAGUCUGGUCAACUCCUGUACCUGCGCUCAUACAAAGCAACUCAUCUACCUUUUACAAAUACGUCUACUUUAACAAAGCCAGCUACAAGUGGGAAGAACUAAAAGAAAAUCGUAAACUUGAAGUGGAGGAUUUCAAUAUGAUAGUCAAGGAUAAAGCUGGUUCUCAUAUUUCCAGACAAAUCCAAUCUCAAAUUGAUCCUAGUGUAAGCUUUGCGAGAACUCUUGAAAAUCCAAUCAUUUUGGUUGAUGAAGGACAGAAAUUCAGCCCAGAGAACUCAAUAAUCAUAGUGUCAAUGAACUUACCAAUCAGGGUAGAAAGAAAUCCAAAUUAUGACUCACAGAACCCCAACUCAGAAAAGUGGGUCUUUGAAAACGCAAAAGGACUGUGGCUACCUGUGCUGUAUGAAAUUGCGAAUCAAGAAAAUAUCAAUUUUGUAUGGAUUGGAUGGCCUCAUAUAUGUGUUGAAGACGAAGCUGAACAAGAGGAGCUGGCAAAUGAACUUAGAGCCAAAUACAAGUGUGAGCCAUUAUUUAUCCCUGAAGAUACAAUGGCUUUGCACACACAAUUUUGUAAUGGAAUUCUUUACCCUCUUUUUAACAAUAUAAUUGACACCUCCGAAGAUAAUAACCCUCAGUAUUCUGAGGAAUUGUGGGAAGCUUACAGGAAAGUCAAUUCUAUUGCUGCAGAUAAAAUAAUGAAGAUAUAUAAAGAUGAGCUUAUUUGGGUUCAUGACUAUCAGCUGCUAUUGACUCCUAGCUUUGUGUCGAGAAGGACCAGGGAUAUAUUAAAUAUUGGCAUUUUCUUGCAUAACCCUUUCCCAAGUUCAGAAGUUUUCAGAGUUUUACCACAUAGGGAAGCAAUUCUGCAUGCCAUGCUUUGCUGUGACUUAAUUGGCUUUCAUCUCUUUGAGUAUGCACGACACUUUUUAGGAUCCUGCAAAAGUCUGCUUGGGAUUGAUCAUCAGUUUUCUCCAAAAGGAUAUUUAAUGCUUGAUUAUUAUGGAAGGCAUAUUAUGAUUAGAAUUGGGCAUUUAGGAGUUGAACCAAAAAUUAUAGAUAAUGUCCUUGCAAGUGAGGGGUACAGCAAUAUCAUGAGGGACCUAAAAACAAAGUAUGCAGGCAAAAAAGUAUUAGUGGGCGUUGAUCCUCUUCAUAGGCUUUCAGGAAUUGCACUGAAGCUUAACGCAUUUAAGCUCUCAAUGAAAAAUUUAAUGCAUUAUAAAAACAAAAUCGUGUUUGUUCAGCUUCUGAUUGAAGCAAAAAACAGCUCAGAUGCAGAGAGAGACGAUGUUUUGCAAGAGAUUGUUAAACUAAAAACAGAAAUCAAUGCCGAAAUAGGGACAAAUGUCGUAGAGUUUGUUGAUGGUUCGAUUAUUACAAGAGAGCUCAGGUAUGCUUAUAUGUCUAUUGCAUAUGGCAUUGUGAACAGCUCAUACAAAGAAGGACUGUUUUUGAUUCCUUUUGAAGUGAUUGCUAUAAGCAAAGAAAAACCAGUGGAAAUCAUUAUCUCUGAAUUUACUGGGGUGAGUCGUGCUUUAAGCAGCUUAAAGCGUGUCAAUCCUUUUGAUAUAGCCCAGCUUGAAGCCGAAAUUCACUACCUUAUCACCACGCCUACUAGCAGUGAUAAUGCAGCCAAAAGAAAAAGAGACCUUAACUAUAUCAACACCAAUACAACCCUCAAAUGGGCUUUUAACUUUUUAUCUGAUUUAAUUAGGGCCAAAAAAGACACAAAGCAUUUCCAAUAUGUAACACAUGGACUCGGUGAUAAACUGAAAUUAAUUGCUUUAAAAAAGAAGUUUAGCUUAUUAAAAGCUGAUUAUUUGCUGAAAGCUUAUAAAGAGACAAAAAAUAGAGCAUUUUUCUUUGAUAAUGAGGGAACGUUGUCAAAUCUUUUAAAGCAAACCGAAAUUGAUAAAAGUGUAGGCCCAUCAGAAAAGAUUGUGAAUUGCUUGACUGAUUUGUGUAAAGAUGAAAGAAAUAGCGUUUUUGUGGUAACUGGAAGAAUGAGAGCAGUUGUUGAAAAUUGGUUUGGGAGUAUUCAAGGACUAGGGAUGGCUGCCGAGUAUGGGGCAAUACUGAAAUGGAAUUAUGGGAGCACCUGGGAAAACUCUCUCACUGGGGAAAUGCCUUGGAUUGAAACUGCUAGAUCUCCUAUUUUAUUAUAAGCAAAGUUUAUCUCAAUUUUUUGUAGUUCAAUUUAUUUCAAUAUAUAAAGGAAUUAUUAAAAAUUUUAUAAAGAGAAUUAAGCAAAUCAUUGGAGCCUAUGUAGUCAGGACAGAAGGCUCGACUAUGGAAGCCAAAGAAUGCUCUGUCGUAUUUUCGUACCGAGAUACAGACCCAGACAUUGGUUCUUGGCAAGCCAAAGAGCUUAUUUCCCACCUAGAAAUCCUGCUAAAGCCUUUCAUGAACGAGUGCGAAGUCUCAGCUGGCCUGGGAUACGUAGAAGUAAAGCCUCAAGGGACCACAAAAGGAACAGCAGUUUACAAAGUCCUCCAAGAUCUAAAAGAAAGGAGAGGGCCGCCUGAUUUCAUUUUGACAAUUGGAGACGAUAUCGCAGACGAAGAAAUGUUCAAAGUUGUAAAAGCACUCAAAAAAGAAGGCAGCAACCUUUUAGCACAUAAAAGAGAAUUAAAAUCGUUUACAUGCACUGUUGGAAGAAAGCCUAGCUCAGCUGACUUUUAUGUAAAUGACGCAAAUGAAGUUGUUCAUAUAUUAGAGCAGCUUAGAGGAUGGAGCAAUGUGUGCAAGAAGAAUUAUUCUUAUGGGGACCUGAGGGCGCUUUCUACAAGGCACUCAUAUCGACUUUCAGGGCAGUUUGAUACGAAGUCACCGUUGCUGAAGCCAAUGGAAAGCUAUGCAGAGGAGAGCGAUGAAGAAGAGCCAUUAAGUCCGAUAAAAGUUUGGAGAGAAUAG